AAUAAGCUAAUGAGUAGGAUUUUUUUCUUCGUUAAAAGUUUGAACGUUCGGCAAAUGGAGGGGAAAACCAGACGUGGUGAAAAACAGCACAGCGACGUCAGCGACAAUAAAUGCAUACUUCUUAGCCCUACGAUCAACAGCUGCAAAUUACACCUGAUGGCCGGUAAAACGCCGCAGUUUGCGGGAAAGCUGCAAACGAUGUCUGACUCUCAAGAUUUAUAUAAAGAAACAAAGAUCAGUACGAAGCCAACAACUGGCGACUCUAACCCAGGUGGCAAAUGUACAACACGAUGGGACAAACCGUUUCAUGUUCUGUUUUCUACAACUUGCUUCAUGUCAUCUGAAGAAAGAAAGUUACAUCCCAGCAAUAAAACCAGAGUUGCCAGUGACAACCAGACCCGGCAUUUAGCACGGGCAGCAGAUGCUGCUCUGGUCUCCAAUGCUCCACAUGAAGCUAGAGGCAGAUCGAGCAGAGUGCACAACGCAGAGGUCCCUUGCCAUCAAAUUGCCCUAAAAGAUCUCAAGCCAGCAGGUUGUUCUGCAGGAUAUAAUGAUGGCGCUCCGUUGGGUAUCCCCUGCACCCAAAUGACUUUUGCUUCCAGUUUUCAACGAAUUGACUUAGACAGGCGUUGUCUGGAGGAAUUCCCCUAUCUGGGCUUCAUUGAGGAACUGCAACUUCUCAAUCUGCAGCACAAUCUGAUUACAAGGAUCCAACAUUUGCAGUGUCUGCAGCAGCUCAUCCUUUUGAACUUGCACGACAAUCACAUCUCUGAUAUGACGGGCAUGGAAAAUCUCAGGUCUCUCAGGGUUCUCAUGCUGGGGAAGAACAGAAUCCGUAAGAUUUGCUGCUUGGAAAGCUUAUCCAAAUUGAGCAUUCUGGAUUUGCAUGACAAUCAGAUCAGCAAGAUAGAAAAUAUAUCUCACCUGAUUGAGCUCCAAGUGCUGAACCUGUCUGGAAAUCGCAUCUCAAGAGUGGAAAAUUUGCAGGGCCUCAACUCUUUGACCGAACUCAACCUACAGUACAACUGCAUCUCCGCUGUGACUGAGUUGGCCUGCCUGCCCGGCUUGCAGCGUCUCUUUCUCAGCUGCAACAGCAUCCUCAGUUUUGAUCAGCUAGCCUGCCUUGGAGAAUCACGCUCCCUUUCUGAACUCACCCUGGAUGGGAAUCCUGUAGCCCUGGAGACAUGGUACAAGCAGGCCGUCCUGCGCUGUGUGCUUCACCUGAGACAGCUGGACAUGAAGCGCAUCACAGACGAGGAUCGGCGCAUGGCAGGUGUAUUGACUCGAAAAGAGGAAGAAAAGAAGAGGGAGAGUCACAAGCAGACCAUUCAAAAGGAGAAACGCCGUCUAGCAAUCCGUAAUGCAGCCCAGCAGUGGGAGGGUGUCAAGGCCUGCUUGGAGCUGCCUCCAACAAAUGGCUCUAAGGAGGACGCUAGUCCAGAGAACAGCCCUGCUCACAGCCCUGCACAGACCAAUGGCCUUGCACAGGAGACGUCUCCAGAAGAACCAAGACGGAUAAGUCCAGGGUCAGGACCGGAGCGACCAUCAGUGGGAACCGAGAACAGACUCCGCACCAACAGCCGUCCUAACAGCCCUCGAGAUCCAAAACUUGUGGAGACGGGGAGUGGCAGCGCUCAGAGCUUGUCCUUGUCUGACAGUCACCUGGCGGAGCUUGAUGGAGACACUCUGCGUUUAUUUGGACUCGGCGCCCUGGAGGCCCUGGAGAGAGGCUGGGGUGUUCAGACUGCCGGUGCCGUCACCGUCAUCGCCUUCCGCUUCAUUAACUUUGACGCCAUUGUUCCCACACUGCCAAGAAUAAGAGUAAAGUUCCCAAAUCUGUCGCACCUGAUAUUCCUGGAAACUAACAUCAGCCGUCUCCCCCAGCUGGCCGCUCUGGCUCAGGUGAGGCGUCUGGACCAACUGACCAUUCAUCCAGAAGGCAACCCAGUGGUCAGUCUGGCUUUGUGGCGCUCAUUCAUCAUCUACCGACUCUACCACUUCAACCUGCAAAAAAUCAAUGGCCAGGAGGUGACCAUGAAUGAUGUGAUUGCUGCAGAGCGGGUGUUUGGGACACUGGGUCACAUCGCAGCCACUGAAACCCCCCGUUGCCGGCUCCUCCUGCUGCUAGAAGAGUCCAGGAAAAGGCAGCUGCAGUUCCUGCUGGAGGGGCGCGGCCGGCGGGCAGGGCUGAGUCCGGAGGAGCUGCGGGAUAAUGGGAAGCUGCUGGGUGAAGGCCUGAGCCGAGCGCUCUUUAACUAUCCGAGUAGAGACUGUAAUGCGGAGAGCCCCGAGGAGGCCACUGUGGAGUCAUCGGAGCGUGCCGCCGUGAUAGAGCAGUACCUCCAGGAGUUGGUCAAAAGGGCGUCGGACACCAAUCUGAAGGGUGAGGCUUUACACAAGCUCUGGCCGUCCAUGUUUGCCGAGAUGGUGAAGGACUGCGUGUUGGACAUGAGGGACAGAGGGGCCUUUCGCAGAGACAGUCUAGCAAAGCUCACCGAGACCAAGUGAAAAGGACCAAAGCCUUUCCCCGAGACCACAUACACAUGGCCAAAUGUGGACAUCGCUUCCCGCUUCUCAUUUUCUCAUUUCAGACCCCAACUGUUGGCACUUCAUCUCCAUCUGAUUUUAUUAGUUACUAGUCAGAGGUCCCUUUUUGAGACGGAUAGAGACUUAUAAAGAUGUCUAUAAAAAAUUCAACGCAUCUUGACUGAAUGUAGAUUUUCACUGAUUCCAUUCCUCAGAGGGUGGAGCUGUGUCAUGCCUAAGGAAGGUUAAAAGGACUUACUGACUUGUGGUGCACUGACUUCCCUAAAAAACAAAAAAACUGCACUUUAAAAGCCUUCUGAAUGAAUUCCUGCACUGUCACCGUCCUCUGCUGAAAAUUGCCAGUGUCUUUUUUACUGGAGAUUGGAAAGAUUUUUCUGUCUUCUAAUCAGCAUCAUGCGUCCAUCUCUCACUCCCUCCUGCCUGACAUGAAAGGGCGCAGACACAAACAUGGUCUUUUUUGUUUACUACUGACUUUCUGUAUUGUACUUAGUAUUAAAAGAUUCUGCAUUA